CUUAACUUCCUCCCUCUCCCUUUAUAAAACCCUAACCGCCACGACCCCUUCUCCCUCCUCGCCGAUCGAAUCUUCGCCGCCGCCGCCGCGGACCUCGCCGCCGGCGCCAAGCAAGGUAUGGACACCCGAGUCUGCGGCGACGACCAAGCGGCCGAAGCGGCGCCGGUGCGCGGCGGCGGCGAGGACGCAGUCGUCGUCGUCGUCUCCGGCGAGGGGGCGGCGUCGGAAGCUGGUGCUGCCUCUACUACGGCCGUCGCCGGCGAUGGCGUCGUCGAAGCUUCUGCCUCUGUAGACCUCACCGGCGAGAGGGGACGACGCCGCGAUGAUGAAGCGCCCACCACGGCGGCGGCGGUGGCGGAGGAGGAAGCUUCUGCCCCGCCGGCCGUCGUCGUCGCCGGCGCCGGCGACGGCGACGACGACGACGAAGACGGGUACGUGACACCGACGUCGCCGCGCCAACGGCUGCAGCCGCCGACGGUGUGCCCGCCGGCGCCGAAGGCGGCGCGUUCGGCGCCAACGCGGCUGCCUGCGAGGAGGUUUGAGGGAGCUCUCGUGAUGGCGGCGUCGGCGUCGCCGCCGGGGCGGAAGAGGGUUCAGGCGAACCCCGACUCCGAGUCCGACGAGGUCGUCGUCGCGUUCAUUCGCAGCCUGCGGCAGCGGCUGCUUCCACCGGAGGACGAGAAGAAGAACCCCAUGUAGACUUUUUAAAAAUAUUUUGGUUUGGUUUGAUUAAAGGUAGAUUGUUUUUUUUUUAAAAAAAUGAAUUUAGUUUAUCUGAAUUUCAAUUUUUUUGGGGCUAAAUUCAGAUAAAUUUGAAACUGUUGGCGGGAUGCCCAUCCUAGCUGGGACCCAGCUAGACCUGAAAUUUCCAAAGUUUGAAAUUUGGAUUUGAGAUUGUGAAUCUGUAGCUCGUUGUUAGAUCCGAAUUGUGAAUCCUGACUUCUGAGCAGGGUUUGAAAAUUUUCGUUUUGAAAAUUUACACUGGGGGACUCUUGAAAUUUCGGAAUUUUUCGGAACCAAUUCUUGGAAAUCUCAGAAUUUUUGGGAUCGAGUUUUUUUGGAUAUUUCAACAAAUGUUGACCAAGUUUGACUAUAUUUACAACAAAAAUGAAAAACUUGAAAAUUUCGGGUGACAGUGUUGUGCAGGGAAUUUUGGACCGAAAUUGCAACACUGAUCAUUUUGUAAAUUAUUUGAAAUUCAAACCAAAUUUGAGUGAAUUUUGAGCAAAUUCACCAAAAAUGACUUUUUUUAAAAAAAAUCAGGUGAAAUAGUUUUAUGCCAAGAGUCGGAAAUUUCGGAAAUUUCAAACACUGAUCCUGAGUAACGGUGAAAAAAUAGCUGCCAUAGACUUUUCGAAAAAGAGCAUCUAUGCUGGCACGUACAUUAAAAACCUUACAUAAAUUUUGCACGAAAAGUUAACUACCGUAUCAAUGUGGUUAAAUUAAGAAGGAUUAUUGAACUCACUGAUGAACUCUUGUAUGCCAAGGUUUUUAAAAUGAGAAUGUAGUAUCGUCUGAGACUUCGUAUUUAAUUCAAAUUAUUACUACGUGACUUAAUUAAGUCAAUUGUACUAGUGAAAAGUGACAUGAGUUGUA